AUGCUAUCAUCCCAGGCCUUUGGCAUUAAGCAUGUUGCCCGCGAGCUUGCAGAGAAGGCAGGCGUGCCCAUAGUGCCGGGAACCAAAGGCUUGGUCGAGAGUGCCGGAGAUGCCAUAAAGGAGAGCGAGCGCAUUGGUUUCCCCGUCAUGCUGAAGGCUACUGGUGGAGGAGGCGGCAUGGGUCUGGUGGUUUGUCACAACGCAGACGAUGUACGCGAAGGCUUCGAAACUGUACGGUCUCGUGGAGAGACACUUUUCAAGAAUCCUGGUAUGUUCAUUGAGCGCUACAUUGCCGAAGGCCACCAUAUCGAGGUUCAGGUCUUCGGAAACGGUCAAGGUCAAGCCAUUCACUUCGGAGAGCGAGAGUGCUCCAUACAGCGACGCAACCAGAAGGUCAUCGAGGAGUGUCCUUCACCCUUCGUUGAGAAGCAUCUCGAGCUGCGUGAGAAGCUGGGCGCCACUGCCGUCAGCCUCGCAGAAUCGGUGAAGUACGGUUCGGCAGGGACCAUCGAGUACAUUGUAGACGACAAGACUGGAGACUUCUACUUCCUUGAGAUGAACACCAGACUACAGGUCGAACACGGCAUCACAGAGAUGGUCUAUGACGUUGAUCUGGUCGAACUAAUGCUGAGGCAAGCGGACGCUCAGCUGGCAGGUAGGAAUGGGCUAUCGGCCGAGCAAUUGAAGGAACAUCAACCAUCAAAGCCCAUAGGUGCCGCUGUCGAAGCCAGAGUCUACGCCGAGAACCCUUUGCGGGACUAUGCGCCCUCUCCAGGCUUGCUUCAAAAAGUGGAAUGGUCAGAGCUCGAAGGCUCGAGAAUUGACACAUGGGUGUUCACCGGCACCCAAGUAUCGCCUAAUUACGACCCGCUACUGGCCAAGGUGAUGAACCAUGCGAAGACGCGCGAGGCUGCGAUCAAGGGUAUGGACCUUGUCCUAUCACGCUCGAGCAUCUGCGGGCCACCAACAAAUCUCGACUUCUUAGCCGGUAUCAUGCAAGAUGAGACCUUCAAGUCAGGACACACGCUCACUUCAUUCCUGAAGAGCUUCAAGUUCCAGCCGAGCGCAAUAGAUGUGAUCAGUGCGGGGGCCUACACGCUCAUACAAGAUCUGCCGGGUAGACCGAGUGUGGGCAAAGGUAUACCGCAUAGCGGGCCUAUGGAUCCUAUCGCCCUCAGCAUUGCAAACAUGCUUGUUGGUAACGACCGAGGGAAAGAAGGACUGGAGAUCACGCUCAGUGGACCAGAGUUGCGGUUCGUCGGUCCUGCUGUAGUCGCACUGACUGGCGCACCUAUGGAGUUCAAACUCGAUGGCGAGGAUGUUCCGAUGUGGACCAGGAAGCAUAUCAAAGCUGGGCAGCGGCUCAAGAUCGGCAAGACUAUCGACGGCGGAUGUCGAUCGUAUCUGGCGGUGUACGGUGGGUUUCCAGCUGUAGCGGACUACUUCGGCUCGAAAAGCACGAGUCCACUGGUCGCUAUUGGCGGCUAUCAGGGCCGAGCUUUGGCUCCGGGUGAUCUUUUAGCUAUACAAAAGGAUCUGCCCAAGAAUCUCGGUGGCCAUCCUUCCCUCCCAGAAGAGCUUCGACCCAAGUACGUUGAGCAUUGGGAUAUUAUGUGCAUGCCAGGUCCACAUCAAGAAGGCUAUCUAGACGACGAGGAUGUCGAGAUGCUUUACUCCAGCGAGUUCAAGGUAUCCCACAAUGCUAGCAGGAGCGGCAUCCGUCUUGUGCCUCCUCACGCGCCGAAGUGGGCAAGGCCAGAUGGUGGAGAGGGUGGAAGUCACCCUAGCAACGUGAUCGAGUACGGCUAUCCCUUGGGCACUCUGAAUUGGACUGGAGACGACCCUUGUAUCUUCCCAGUGGACUGUCCGAACUUUGGUGGAUUCGUCUCGUCCACUACUGUCAUCAAAGCGGACUGGUGGAAGCUUGGCCAGAUCAAAGCAGGCAACACUAUGCGCUAUAUCCGUGUCUCCCUGGACGAAGCACUCGAGUUGCGCAAGAACACGGAAGCAUAUCUCACGACCGUACAGCGUGGCAUUGAGAGUGGCGGCUUCAACGACGUGAAGCCUCUAGAUGCGAGCUUUAAGCCAUCUGGAGAAAUUGGCCAGGCAGUAAUAUGGGAGAAGCAGGCCCAAGGUAACGAGCCACAAGUCAGAUAUCGCCAAGGUGGCGACGAUCAUCUACUUGUUGAGUACGGCAACGAGCAGUUCGACCUCAAUCACAGAUGUAGAGUCACUGCUCUCGAGAAGGCUCUUCACGGUCGCGAUGCGCCGUCAUGGCUCAAGACACAUCUCAUCAACACCGUGGGCUGUUGUACGUCUCUCCUCAUCCUGUACGAUGGGUCAAGACUACCUCGCGAUCAACUUGUGGCACAUCUGCAGGGCCUGGAAGGAAGCCUCGGCGACCUUAGCAAGAUCAAAGUGCCCUGCCGUAGAUUCAAGCUACCAUUGUCCUUCGAAAGCAAAGAGCAGACGGAAGCCACACAGCGCUAUAUGGAGACACAACGACCACAAGCACCAUAUCUGCCCGACAAUCUGGAAUUUGUUGCAAGAAACAAUGCUUUUUCUGCAGAUCAGUUGAAGCGCAAUAUGCUGGAGGGCACUCUGAUGGCAGUCGUCGUUGGCUUCUUCUGCGGGAAUACAGUUUCGCUUCCAGUCGACCCUCGUCAGCGCAUGUCAUGUCCCAAGACGAAUCCUUCGCGAGUAUACACGCCAGAAGGUACUUUUGGCUGGGGUGGUAGCUGCGCCAGUAUCUACCCUGUAGACAGUCCUGGAGGCUACAUGAUGCUGGGGAGGACGGUGCCGUGCUUUGAUUACCUUGGCUACAAGGCAGGCUUCUCGAUCGAAAAGCCCUGGUUGUUCCAAGAUUUCGACCUGCUUACCUUCUACCAAUGCACCGAAGAAGAGCUUAACAAGCAAUUGGGCCUCUUCCGAGCUGGCAAAUUUGAGUUCAAAUGGGAAGAUGUCGAAUUCGACAUGGCCGAGCACAACGAGUUGCUCCAGGCCACAGCAGAAGAAGUAAAGGAUCUGCGUCACAGACAGGCUGACGUGCAGAACGAGCUCAUCACGGCGGAGAAGGAAUCGCUACAGAAGUGGCGGGAAGACAAGGAGAAGAACAAGCUCGAUAUCGGGACGAUUGAUUCUCUAUUGGCGGAUCCUGCCAUCACAACCAUCGAUGCACCUGUUGAUGCGAACGUAUGGAAGAUCUUGAUAGAAGAGGGAGCGACUGUCAAGACCAAGCAAGAUAUCGUGAUACUCGAAGCAAUGAAGCUUGAGAUAAAGGUGCAGGCACCUGAUGACAUGAAGGAGGGCAAGAUCGAGAAGUUGUUGGUGCAAGCAGGCGAAACGACAAAGGCGGGCGCGCAUAUCGCGCUCGUUAGGCAGACAUGA